GCGUUCAUUCGCGUGCCGAUUCCCAAGGCCGGGAUGGGAGUUAACCUCGCGUGCCGUGUAGAGAGAGACAGACGAGACGAAGCGUUAGAGAGAGAGAGAGAGGAGUCCACGUGAGGGAGAGGGAGAAGAAGAGGGAGGGAGGGAGAGAGAGAGAGAGAUCGAUCUCCCCCUUCCUUCCCCCGCCGCUCUCGUCCCCUCUGGCGCCAAUUCGCCAUGGAUCCCCCCCGCGAAGGAACCACGAUUGAUCCUGCUAAAUGUCGAUUGAUGAGUGUGGAUGAAAAGCGAGAUCUAGUUCGUGAAUUAUCGAAGUGUCCGGAAAGUGCUCCUGACAAACUCCAGUCAUGGAGUCGCCGUGAAAUUGUAGAAAUUCUUUGUGCUGAUCUAGGAAGGGAGAGGAAAUAUACUGGAUUAUCCAAGCAGAGAAUGCUAGACUAUCUCUUCAGGGUGGUGACUGGCAAAUCAUCUGGACCUGUGGAACAUGUGCAAGAAAAAGAGUCAGUUCCUGAGCCCAACACAACUAACCAUCAACCCCCUGCGAAACGACCAAGAAAGAGUGACAAUCCAUCACGACUACCAAUUAUUGGAAACAACUCAGCAGCAGCUGAUGUAACUGUGCCAACUAAUAAUGCACGCUUCUGCCAAAAUGUAGCUUGUAGGGCUACUCUUAACCUGGAAGAUAAAUUCUGCAGACGCUGUUCAUGCUGCAUUUGUUUCAAGUAUGAUGACAACAAGGACCCAAGCCUCUGGUUGUUCUGUAGUUCGGACCAACCCUUGCAAAAAGAUUCCUGUGGUUUCUCAUGCCAUCUUGAAUGUGCUCUCAAGGAUGAAAGAACAGGCAUUCUGCAGAGUGGGCAGCGUAAGAAACUUGAUGGCGGCUAUUAUUGCACUCGCUGUUGGAAACAGAAUGAUUUGCUUGGGUCCUGGAAGAAACAACUGGUGAUUGCAAAAGAUGCUAGGCGGUUGGAUGUAUUGUGUCAUCGGAUUUUUUUGAGUCAUAAGGUCCUUGUCUCCACAGAAAAGUACUUGGUAUUGCAUGAAAUUGUUGACACAGUGUUGAAGAAAUUGGAGGCUGAGGUUGGUCCUAUAUCUGGAGCUCCAAACAUGGGUCGAGGAAUUGUCAGUCGACUUGCUGUUGGUGCUGAAGUUCAGAAACUUUGUGCUCAGGCAAUAGGUGCUAUGGAAUCUAUGUUCUCUGGUGCAUCUCAUGCUAACUCACGAAUUCAGCGACCUUGUAUGAUACCAUCGAACUUCAUAAAGUUUGAAGCUAUAACUCAAACAUCUGUCACUGUAUUUUUGGAUUUGGAUCAAUGUCCUAUGCUUGCGCAAGAGGUAACUUGCUUUAAUAUAUGGCACCGAGUGGCUGUUACUGAAUCCUACCCGGCACAUCUGACUGGCAUAAUUCUUGCACCAUCAAAAACAUUACUUGUCACUGAACUUGCACCGGCUACAAGCUAUAUCUUUAAGGUUGUUGCUUUCAAGAACUCCAACGAGUUGGGAUCAUGGGAAGUCAGAAUGAAAACAAGCUGUCAGAAGGAAGAUCCAAGGGGUUCAGUGCCAGGUGUUGCUGGACUGGAACGAAGUAAUGGGAGCCCAAAGACAAACAGUGAUGGUCAGUCUGAUCCUUCCUCAGAGGGUGUGGACUCAAACAAUAAUACUGCGGUGUAUGCUGAUCUAAACAAAUCACCUGAAAGUGAUUUUGAAUAUUGUGAGAAUCCUGAGAUCCUUGAUUCAGAUAAAGCAUCUCAUCACCCUGGUGAACGCAUUGAUAACUUGCAGAAUAUACAGAUGGUUGCAGCUAGGGUAACAGAAGUCACUGAGCUGGAAGAAGCUCCUGGGCUCUCAGCGUCAGCUUUGGAUGAGGAACCCAAUCCAAGUAUUCAAACAGCGCUGCUCAGGGAGUCCUCAAACUCAGUGGAGCACAAUCAAAGAAGCGUAGUUCCUAGAUCACAAGAUGCAUCAAAUGCACCAGCUGGAAAUGAGUUGGUGAUCUUUCCACCUCGAUACUCUGGCUCAGUGCCGCCCACUGCACCAAGAGGUUUGGAAAAUGCCAUGGAGAAUGGUGCAAGGGGUUUCAAAGGAAAACCUGGUGAUAACAUUGUUCAAAAUGGCUCUUCAAAGCCUGAAAGGGAACCGGGCAAUUCGUCAAAUAAAAGAACAUCGGGUAAAUUGGAUGACAUUGGUCACAAGGAUGGGUGCCCGGAAGCAUCUUAUGAGUACUGUGUAAAGGUGCUCAGGUGGCUGGAGUGUGAGAGCUAUAUUGAGACAAACUUUAGGGUGAAGUUUUUGACAUGGUUUAGCUUGCGAGCCACCCCUUAUGAGAGGAAGAUAGUUAGUGUCUACGUGGAUACUCUUAUUGAUGACCCUGUCAGUCUUUCUGGCCAGCUUGUCGACAGCUUCUCGGAGACAAUAUACAGCAAAAAGCGGUCUUCCAUGCCCUCUGGUUUCUGCAUGGACCUUUGGCAUUAAAGAGCUGGAAACUCCUACCAUUCUCUUUGUAGGGAGCAUAUUUGGUCCCAUUCUUUCAUAUCAGAUCGUUGCAUUGAUUCUUCAUUGGAAAUUCAUUGUAGUAGUUAAACUUAUACAAUCUUCAUUGAAACUUCCUUCGCUAUGACAGUAGGUUUAAUUUACUGGUCAGCUCUCUUUACUUUUGCUCCAUAGUUUAUGGUACUAUCAUCUGUAUCGUCCAUGUUAUUCUUAGAGCAUCAUGAGCUGUGAAUUCGGUCAGCUUAUGGCAUUAUAAGUUGUGGCGUGCGGGUGUAACCGUAUGUGUUGCUAGCUACCCGAAGAAGGAUGAUCGUCAGCCUGAAUCAGGAACACACCCGCCUGUGUGGGAUGAAGCAGGCUUCGUAUCGACGAUGACGAAUCCGAGCUAACCAUGUGUUCAGUAGAAUGAUUGUGCUGUAUCAUGGGUGAAUGCAAAGUGUUGCUAACUUUUGUGGGGAAUGGGAGGAAUGAUACUUAAGAUAAUAUUGGUUCUGCCUUAAUAUUUGUUGAGGGCUCUAGUUUUUU